CUCACAGCUCAAACACAGCUGAUAAAAACAUCACAUCUCUCUGUGUGUUUUGCUUUUGAGAAUUGUUGUGUUUUUUUUUUCGUGUGGCGAUCUAGUCUGGGAAUUGCAAAUAGCUUUGACAAAACGUUCACAAUUCCAACUAAAUCAGUUCACACAAGCGUGUGGUGUUGAUAAGAUUGAAUUGAAAUUUGGUUUCGGUGGAAUUUUAAUAUCAGUGAAAAUAAUAAUUAUUUAUUGCUUUUUGUGUUGAGCAAAGCAGUCAUGAAAUUUUGGCUGAAUUUAUUUGCCAUUGCGGCUUUGGGUCACUUGACCCUGGCUUUGGGGCCCAACAUGAUAUGCUAUUAUGAUGCUGCCAGCGAAGAAAGACAGGGUGAGGCCAAGUUCACUUUACAAGACAUGGACUACGCGCUGCAGUUUUGUACACACAUCGUGUACGGUUAUGCUGGCAUCGAUCCCGAAACCUUUGAAAUUAUCAGUCUCAAUGUACAGCGUGAUGUAAAGCGAAGACAUUUCGCUGCAGUAACUGAGUUAAAGGAUCGUUAUCCUCUCACCAAAUUCCUGUUGAGUGUUGGUGGCGACGCCGAUCUUAAUAAGCCAGAAAAAUACAUUAAUCUUUUGGAGUCAGGACGGGCUAACCAAACCAGAUUCAUUGAAUCUGCACGUGACGUAUUGCGUGCGUAUAAUUUUGAUGGUUUAGAUUUGGCAUUCCAAUUUCCCCGGAAUAAACCUCAAAAGGUUCACACCGAGGUUGGUCAGGUGUGGAAAACGUUUAAGAAACUCUUUACCGGCGACCAUAUUGUCGAUGAGAAGUCUGAUGAGCAUAAGGAACAGUUUACGGAGCUGGUGAAGGAUUUGAAGGCAGCAUUUAGGCCGUAUGAUCUGAUGUUGACAGUGACGGUACUGCCAAAUGUUAAUUCGUCAUGGUAUUUUAAUGCUCCUGCCAUUAUUAACAACCUGAACUAUGUCACCUUGGCCACAUUUGAUUUUACCACCCCUGAACGCAAUCCCAAGGAGGCAGACUAUACGGCACCAAUUUUCCCACCACCCUUAGAGGGCACUCGCCAAGGUCACUAUAACAUCGACUAUCAAAUCGAUCAUUGGAUUUCGCAGCGUGUGCCACAUAGUAAAAUCAAUGUCGGCAUUGCUGCUUAUGGUCGUGCCUGGAAAAUGACACCCGAAUCAAAAGCAGAUGGUCUACCGGUAGUACAGCAUACAGAUGGCCCAGCCUCAGCGGGAGAGGAAAUCAAGAUUCCGGGUCUUUUGAAAUAUUCCGAAAUAUGCCAACUAACAAGCCCAUGGAAGGUAGAUCGAAAGGGAGAUGAGGCACCUUUAAAGAGAGUCAUGGAUAGAAUUAGGAAAUAUAAUGUCUAUGCUUUUCGCUCGGCCGAUAGCCAUGGCGAAAAUGGUCUAUGGGUUAGUUUCGAUGACACCGAUUCGGCUGGCACAAAGGCAACUUAUGUGAAGAAUCGUGGUCUGGGCGGUGUGGCCUUAUUCGAUUUAAGUCUCGAUGAUUUUCGCGGCAACUGUGAUGGUGAUAAAUUCCCGCUGCUUAGAACGAUUAAAAUUAAGCUGUUGUAAAUAAUAUGUACUUAUGUGUAUGUGUGCGUGUGC